CCAUUCCGAUAGCCCGCAAAGCCCGCGAAAAUGGGUGUGCUAUCCGUUUUGACCGUUUGUGCUUUUUUGGCCGUGUGCCUGUGGGUGGAUUACGGAAGUGCUGGUAAGAGCAGCUCCAGUGCGAAGUGUGAAAAAUCAUUAACUUCCGCCAGCGGAUCUAAAGCUGCUUCCGGUACUUACUGCACGGGAGAUUUGAUAUUCGAGGACAGCUUCGAUAGUUUUGAUUUGGACACUUGGCAACACGAAAAUACUCUGGCUGGAAGUACCAAGUGGGAAUUUCAGUGGUUCACCAACAACCGUUCCAACUCUUUCGUGAAAGAAGGUAACCUCUUCAUACGACCUACGCUAACAGUGGAUGAGUACGGUGAAGCAUUCCUACGCUCUGGUGUUCUUAACAUUCACGGAGGUUCUCCGGCUGAACAGUGCACCAGGCAAAGCUUUCUAGGCUGUGAACGUACUGGAAGUCACUUCCAGAUUCUCAACCCGGUGAAAAGUGCCAGUCUUCGUACGGUAGAAUCGUUUGCGUUUAAGUACGGAAAAGUUGAAAUCAGCGCGAAGCUACCGGCUGGUGAUUGGCUGUGGCCAUCCGUUUGGUUUCUACCGAAAUAUGACGCUUAUGGUGCAUGGCCAGCUUCGGGGGAAAUCGACCUGUUGGAAUCGAAGGGAAAUCGAGAUUUGAUCAAGAAUGGGAUCAACGUCGGCAUAGAGCAAGUUUGUUCUAAACUACAGUUUGGACCGAACGAAGCCUACAACGAAGCAGCGACGACAACGUUCACCCGGAACUCUGAAUCCGGCAAAGGAUAUCAUACUGGAUUUAAUCGGUACCAAAUGGAGUGGACGCCGGAUCAUAUCGCCUUUAGCAUCAACGAUAUUGAAACGGGGACGGUGAAGACCGGCACGGGAUUUUGGGCUCGGGGCAAUUUCAACAGCACCGCACCGGGUAUGGACAAUCCGUGGCGUUACAGCAGCCCUAUGGCUCCAUUUGAUCAGGAGUUUUAUUUACGGGUUUCUCUGGCAGUCGGUGGAACGGAAUACUUUUCGGACGACGGUAUCAAUCCGACCAAGAAGCCGUGGUCCAAUGAAUCACCCCAUCCGAUGACGGACUUCUGGAAUGCGAAAAAUGAUUGGUUACCAACGUGGAAGUUGGACGAAAAUGAAUCUACUGAUGUUUCCAUGCAGGUGGAUUACGUACGAGUUUGGGCGUUGUAGACCGCAGUAAAAACUUACGGUACUUCGGUAGUUACAUUUAAUGGAUAAAUCGUGCUAUAAUUAUUCAAUAAAUAAAAACAAUCCAAUGGAAUGUAAAAAAU